AUGGCCAGAAGCUUCGUAUGCCACGUCUCCGACUCAAUCACAACUCUCUUGUUCCGCAGUCUGUCCUUUGUUUAUUGUAUGCCUGAGUUCAAGAUCUCCGCUGCUUUAGAGGGCCACGGCGAUGAUGUCCGUGCCGUGGCCUUUCCCAACUCUAAAGCUGUUUUUUCCGCUUCGCGAGAUGCGACCGUCCGGCUCUGGAAGCUUGUAUCGAGCCCGCCUCCAACAUUCGACUACACCAUCAUCUGUCACGGUUCCGCAUUCAUCAAUGCGCUGGCAUAUUACCCUCCCACCCCAGAUUUCCCCGAAGGAUUAGUGUUUUCUGGAGGUCAAGACACUAUCAUAGAGGCAAGGCAGCCCGGUAAGACCUCGAAUGACAAUGCGGAUGCUAUGCUACUGGGCCAUGCGCAUACGGUCUGUUCAUUGGACGUCUGCCCGGAAGGGGAAUGGAUUGUCAGUGGGAGCUGGGAUUCCACUGCCCGUCUAUGGAGGAUUGGAAAAUGGGAGUCUGAAGUUGUUCUGGAAGACCAUCAAGGGAGCGUUUGGGCAGUGUUGGCCUACGAUAAGAACACUAUAAUCACAGGUUGCGCGGACAAUAUAAUCCGAAUAUUCAAUUCGUCUGGGAAGCUGCUCAAACGCAUUAAAGAUUCUCGGGACGUUGUUCGGGCUCUGUGCAAACUGCCGCCUACACAUCCCACUGGUGCCAACUUCGUCUCUGCAAGCAACGACGGGGUGAUCCGCCUAUUCACGCUGCAAGGAGAUCUUGUUGGUGAACUUCACGGUCACGAGAGCUUCAUCUAUUCACUGGCCGUUUUACCAACGGGUGAGCUGGUCAGCUCCGGGGAGGAUCGAACAGUACGAAUCUGGAACGAAACGCAGUGCGUACAAACUAUCACCCACCCUGCGAUUUCUGUCUGGGGUGUCGCUGUCUGUCCAGAGAACGGCGAUAUCGUUACAGGGGCAAGCGAUAGAGUUACGCGAGUUUUCACUCGGGCUCCCGAAAGACAAGCGAGCGCGGAGGUGCUGCAACAGUUUGAAACGGCUGUCAGGGAGUCGGCAAUCCCCGCGCAGCAGGUCGGAAAAAUUAACAAAGAGAAGUUGCCUGGCCCCGAGUUCUUGCAGCAGAAAUCCGGCACCAAGGACGGUCAAGUGCAGAUGAUCCGCGAAGCGAACGGCAGUGUUACCGCUCAUACAUGGUCAGCUGCGUUGGGGAGAUGGGAAUCGGUCGGCACUGUUGUGGAUUCUGCCGGUAGCAGCGGAAGGAAGACUGAAUAUCUGGGUCAGGAUUAUGACUUUGUUUUUGAUGUUGACGUUGAGGACGGCAAGCCCCCUCUUAAACUACCCUACAAUCUUUCGCAGAAUCCAUAUGAAGCAGCGACCAAGUUCAUCGGUGACAACGAGUUACCAAUGAGUUACCUUGAUCAAGUCGCUCAGUUCAUCGUUCAAAACACCCAAGGCGCGACUAUCGGACAGCCCAGCCAGGAGACUGCAGGUGGUCCCGAUCCAUGGGGUCAAGAUAGGCGCUAUCGACCUGGGGAUGCCCCUGCUCAGUCAACAGCUAUCCCUGAGUCGCGGCCAAAAGUACUUCCACAAAAGACCUAUCUAUCAAUCAAGUCUGCCAAUCUCAAAGUGAUCUCAAAGAAGUUGAACGAGCUCAAUGGCAAGCUUGUCUCGGAAGGUUCAAAGGAUCUGUCUCUGAGUCCUUCGGAGUUGGAGACGAUAGUAUCGCUGUGCAAUGAGUUGGAAGCCUCGAACACUUUGAAAGGCCCCUCGGCCGUGGAAGCGGUCGUGAUUUUGCUCUUUAAAGUCGCGACAGUGUGGCCAGCAGCGAAUAGGCUGCCUGGUCUUGACCUCCUGCGCUUAUUUGCUGCCGCCACUCCUGUAACAGCCACGGCAGACUAUAAUGGUAAAGACUUGGUCUCCGGAAUUAUCGAGAGCGGAGUAUUCGACGCCCCAGUCAAUGUCAACAACGCCAUGCUUUCAGUCCGAAUGUUCGCUAACCUCUUCGAGACCGAUGCUGGCCGCCGUCUCAUCAUUGACCGCUUCGAUCAAGUCAUCGCCGCUAUUAGGACAUGCCUAACAAACAGUGGGUCUUCGGUGAACCGCAACCUCACGAUUGCAGUGGCGACUCUCUAUAUCAACAUCGCAGUAUUUUCGACGUCGGAAGCGAGGAAUCUCAGCAUCGAGUCGAACCAACGGGGUCUGAUACUUCUAGAAGAACUUACGGGGAUGCUCCGCAAUGAAAAGGACUCGGAGGCAGUAUAUCGCAGUCUUGUUGCUUUGGGGACUUUGGUCAAGGAACUGGUGAGCGAAGUGAAAGCGGCUGCGAAAGAAGUGUACGAUCUUGGUGCCAUUCUGCAGGCUAUAUCGAGCUCUAAUCUCGGAAAGGAGCCAAGAAUCAAAGGUAUUGUCGCAGAGAUUAAGGACUCUCUGCCGUGA